CCACAGCGGAUGUAAUUCAGGUUCUGCUUCCGGAGGUUGCGAGUUGUGAUGUUGCGUCACGAUUAACAUUGUUUACAUUUUUUCAAUGUUUUUACGCCUUUAAUUCGGCUGGAAAUUACUUAAAAGUCUUGCUAACAUAUUAACCACAUGACAAACGCCUUUGUUGGUAGUUUUAAGGGAAAACGAUAACGUUAAAUAAGCUAAUGUAGCUAAUGUAGCUAACGGUAGCUAUCCACGCUGACGUCACGACUAGCUUGCAGGAUGUCUAAACUUGAACGUUUGAAUACUCGUGUGGCCAAGCUACUGACUGAUGCGGUGCAGGAGGUUCUGGAGGUGGUGAAGGAGACGGUGUCGGAGUACCAGGAGAAAACUGCCAGGACACAGAGAGAGAACGAGAGUCUGAAGAGGAGGCUGCAGGAGCUCCAGGACGAGAUAACAAGAGAGAGAAUAGCUGUUCUACCUACAAGUAAUCUGUUACCUGUAGAAAAAGAAGAUACGCAGAAUCAAGAGCAGGAUCUGGGGCUUACUUUGAGGCAGGACUCAGACCUAUGUCUAGCAGAGCAAAAACAGAUAAGCAGCCACAAACCUGACCGUGAGGUGAAGCAGGAAUCAAGCCAACAUGAGAGCUACAGUAACACUGAAUCACAAGCUGAGUGCAAUUCGGCACAAACAACAGAACAUUGUACAGCACAACCAGAGGAGGUGACACACGUUAUUGAGGAGGCAAUGACAGUCCACACAUCAAACGGGGACAUCAGUGCUGUCUCAUCCAGUAAUGUGUGCACCUCUCACUCCAGCACCUCACUCGGGGUAAACCUAGCUGUUAUCAAAAGAGAGUUAGAACUAACAGACUGCACAACUUCAGAACCGCCAACUCUGCAAGAACAAUACAACAGAUGUGUGGAUUUAAGCUGCAGCUCUUCUCGUCAGAUCUCUGCUGAGACGCACGGAUCACAAGUUAGUGCCGAGCCUCACGGACGUGUCGUCCACUCAAAUCACGCUGUACCAAGGAGACACGGCUUUGCAAAAUCCAACAGGGCUGGGUUCGAUGGGAGAAAAAUCAGGAUGGAGCACCUCAGGAGAGACGAGUCACACUUGUGUGUUGUAUGCGGAAAGACGUUCAGCAGGAUCGGGAACUUAAGAAUCCACCAGCGUUGUCACACAGGAGAGAGGCCGUACGGCUGCGUACAGUGUGGGAGGCGUUUCAGUCAGGCGGGAGACCUGAAAAAACACAAGAGGGUCCACACGGGGGAGAAACCGUACUACUGCAACCAGUGUGGAAAGAACUUCAGUCGGGGUGAGAAUCUGAAAAGACACCAGAAGAUCCACAUUGGAGAGAUUUUACAGUUACAGCAAGUGUGGAGGGAACCACAGCAAUGAUUAUUAUACUAGACUAAAGUCAAAUCACUUUGUGGAGCAUCUGUGAAGGAUCAUGUUUGGUCUGUGCCCUCAGUUUAAGAAAUAAUUACAAAUAUAAGCCACAGAACUUAUGAAAAGGCUUGUCUCUUGUAACUCCUUGGGAAUUGUUACAAGGAUUUAUUUGCUGUUCUGGUGUUUAGCCAGUUGUGUGCUAGUUACGCUAGUCUUUUUUUCCCUCUGAUCAUGAUGAAACAGGGCUGUAGAAGAACUUAACCAAAGAGGCUAAAGCUUUACAGAUAGAGAUGCACUGAUAUAAAGGCAUACUGUCAGGAUAUGAAUUGAUAUCUGUCUAAUAUUGUUGGCUAACAUAAUUUGGUCAAAUGUGGAAUUUUACCUGAUAUAACUGUUAAAUUAUCAGAACAAAAAAAAAGAAAGAAAUAUACUUAAAAGCCACGAUACAUUCAUACAGGUGAUUUCAUUUUUUUCUACUUGUUUUGUUGUACUUGUUAAUGCACCAAAACCGACGUCUCUAUCAUUCUUAUUAGUACAACGUGCUCUGUGUGCUCCACCCAACCUCAACCAGAGUAGAGGUCUAAUCAGCCAGAAUAACUGAAAACACCCGCGGGUUGUGUGUGCAGGGCGUUUAAGAUAGGCACAGGUAAAUAUUAGAAUGCAUAUCAUUAUCAGUUAUGUGUCAAUAUAGAAAAGAAACUUAAACAUUAACGUUUAAAAAAAGCCAUAUUGGUGCAUCUCUACUUUGCUGUAUUGAUUUUGGACUAAACAUUUAUAUCCAGUGAGCCUUUAGUUUAAACAUUGUAAGGUGACAGUGUGUUAUAAGGUUUAGCACCUCUUUUGGUUAUGUACAGAAUGAGUUCUCUCAUGUGAAAUGCUGAAGACAAUUAUUGAAACUUCUGGAUGGCAUGAUUGUCAUUAAAAUUGCCUGAUUUUCCAGACUGAA